CUCGGUGCCAGUGGGACUUCGGUGCUGUCAGGUGAAACACAACUGUAGGUCAGUGAAUGGAUCGUCACUAACACAGGAAAUUUAUCUCAAAUAAUUCACAUUUUGAGACUGUUGGUCAAAUCACGACGACAGACGGGUGCAGAACCACAUUCUGGUUCUCCAGAAUGUUCUCUUUGAGGAAAGUAUCUUAUAGGUGAUACUCAAUCACGGUGGGCUGUGACGUGGAGAUGGUCACUUGGGCCGCCUUAGUGACAGUAUGCAUAUGGAUACAAACACAAACUGCCUUAGGGCAGCACACAUGUGCUUCUACUCCGCCCAGGAAGCUGGAUUUCACUGUAAAAUACUCCCUGCCCCACUUCCAGGCGGACAAACCUAUACAGAACAUAGCUGUGAACUGGGAGGAGAAUCGGUCAGACGUCUAUGUUGCAUGUCAGAAUGCAAUAAAGGCUGUCAACUAUGAAAUGGAAAAAAUCUGGGAGGUGAAAACUGGACCUGUUGGCAGUCCUGACUGUGAAACCUGUAGGUUGUGUGACAUAGAAAUAGAUCCUGAGGAUCCCGUGGAUACAGACAAUAAGGUUCUGCUUUUGGAUCUCUCAGCAAUUCCCACUCCGUACUUGUUCAUUUGUGGGAGUACUCAACAUGGGAUCUGCCACUUCAUUGACACUGGCUCUCCACAGUCUGAGCCGAUGUGUUUAUACAAAAAGAAGCUAAACUCUCCAACCAGCUGUCCAGACUGUCUGGCCAGCCCCCUCGGCACCAAAGUCAUUAUCAUUGAACAGAAAGCCACACUGCUCUUAUUUGUCGCAGCCUCUGUCAAUGACGAAGUGGCACAGAGGUAUCCAAGGAGGUCAAUAUCAGUGGUGAGGCCACUUGCAACUGAAGAUGGCUUUCAAAUGGUCAUGACUGGCCUGACAGUGCUCCCAGGUCUACGGGACUCUUACAAGAUUGAUUACAUCUACAGCUUCUCCACCAAGGAGUAUGUCUACUUCCUGUCCCUGCAGAGAGAAACCCCAUCCAAGAGCAACUCAGCUUUUCAGACUCGUCUUGGACGACUACCGAUAACAAUUCCAGAGGUAUGGAUGUACAGAGAGGUGGUCCUGGAGUGCCGCUAUGAACCAAAGCGCAGGAGGAGACGGAGAGAGGAUUACAAAGACAUUGUGUAUAACGGGCUACAGGCGGCAUACUUUGGGCGAAUGGGGAAGGACUUGGCAGAAGAGGUCAGGGUGACUGAGACAGAAGACAUCUUGUACGGGGUGUUUGCAGAGAUGAAUGCGCAUGGUGAACCUAAAAAGAACUCAGCCCUGUGUGCCUUCCCUUUGGCUGAAGUAAACCAUGCGAUAGACAAAGGUGUGGAAGCCUGCUGCAAUUCAGGUCCAGAGCAGCUGUCUAGAGGUCUCUGUCACUUCCAGCCGUGCGAGAGCUGCCCACACGAAAGCUCUGAAGGUAAUGACACAUGCAGUGUCAAACCCACUUUCGUGUCAAAGCCGUACUACAGACUAGACCUCUUCAACAGGCAGAUGAGAGACGUCCUUUUCACUGCUGUCCUGGUCACCACUAUUGGGAAUCACACGCUGGGUCACUUUGGUACCUCAGAUGGCCGAAUACUACAGGUGAUUCUUGCUCUGUACAGACCUAUUGUUUUUGCCAACUACUCUCUUGGGGAAAGCCAAGUGUCCAGGACAGCAGAUGUGUACUCAAACGAGUCACUUCUCUUCGUGGUAGGAAAUAAGAUGUUCAGGGUGCCCUCUGCAGGACCAGGGUGUGCACAUUUUAUGGCAUGCUCCAUAUGUUUGACGGCUCCACGCUUCAUGAACUGUGGCUGGUGUUCAGGAAUCUGCUCGAGGCAGCAUGAGUGUGCCUCUCAGUGGAACAAAGACUCAUGUGCACCUUUGAUAACAGAGUUUUUUCCUAAAAUGGCACCUGCUGGUGCUCAGACAGAAAUGACACUGUGUGGCACGGAGUUCCAGUCUCCUCUGCGACCCGCCAUCAUCAGCAGCAAAACCCACAUCGUCACGGUGGGCUCUGGGACCUUGUGUAGGGUGCUGCCAGAGAAGAGCAGUAGUAAAGUUCUAGUAUGCAAGAUUCAGGAAAACACACAAAACCAGAACCUCACUAUCACUCUGGAGGUACACGAGGGGGAAGUGGAGGGCCGCUACUCAAUUGAAGGCACAGCACAGAUGCCUGGCUUUUCUUUUGUGGAGCCGAGCAUCACGGAAAUCAGGCCCGACUAUGGACCUGUGUUUGGAGGAACGACGAUUACACUGACAGGCAGAUAUCUUCAUUCUGGGAUACAGAGAAAUGUCUUCCUUGCUGACAAAAUGUGCAACAUCCAAAGUGCUCCUGAAGGAGGCGGUGGUUCUUCAAUCGUCUGCAUCACAGAAGCUGCAGCAGGUGUUGGGAAGGAACCGGUGAUAUUCUUCAUUGACAACUUUCAAGUGACGACCAACAAGACGUUCUUCUACAAGACAAAUCCUGUUAUAACCGAUGUACACCCUCAUUGCAGUUUCCAAAGUGGCUCCAAGCUGGUGAUAGAAGGUACGAAUCUUGACUCUGCCCACAAAACUGUGGUUCAGUACAAAAAUCCCAACAUGAAGUUUCUUGAACGAGUCUGCAGCGACACAAGUAAUGCCACACAUAUGGAAUGCUGGGCCCCUGCUUUUCCUGAGGAAAUGCCAGAAGAGAAGUCUGACACGGGAGAACUUUUUAUUCACAUGGAUGGGAAAAGUAACCUUUGGACGAGUCGUUUUGAUUACUACCCGGAUGCCAAAAUCAUUCCUUUUGAAAAUGAAGACAAGGAAUUACCUCUAAAACCAGGAGAGACGGAAGUUUCACUGCAUCAUAACAAACUGAAUACAGUGAGUUUAUGUAUGAAGAUCACAAUGACCAUUGGGGGUGUGAACUGCAACGCCCAGGUUCUGUUAAAUGAGCUGACCUGCAGGAUACCCAAAGGCCUGCUUAUUCCCAGCGAGGGGUUGCCUGUCAAGGUGUCCGUGAAUGGGGAGGUGCACGAUGUGGGUAAAGUAGUCCACGAUGACAGCAACAACAACACUGUAAUUGCGGGCAUUGUGCUGGGCAUUUUUGCCGCAUUGGUAGUGGGUGCUGGCCUUGCGUUACUUGUGAUGAUCCAUUUGAGGAAGAAAAAGAGAGCCAACAUAGAGAAUCGUUUGUCAACAAGGCUUUCACGGCACCGAAUGGGCAGCGGUGUUGAUGUCUCUCCGACAGGUGACUACAGACGAGUAGAUCUGUCCAGUCAAACAUCAGGUUCAGGAGGAAUGGCCUUCCAAGGUAUAUUGUAUGCUGCCAGCAAUGAUCAUCUUUCCAUUCCUUUAAUGUCCCGGGACAACAUCUCAAUGGUCAGUCUGAGCUCUGAACUUCUUGAAGAAGUCAAAGAUGUCCUGAUCCCGGCUGAGAUGCUCCGGAUUGAGGAUAGCCAGAUUAUUGGCAAAGGCCACUUUGGCACCGUUUAUCAUGGUUACCUGAUAGACAGCAAUAAGCAAGAGACCCACUGUGCAGUCAAAUCACUGAACAGGAUCACAGAUUUGGGGGAGGUGGACCAGUUCCUCAGAGAGGGCAUUAUCAUGAAAGGUUUCCACCACCCCAACAUCCUGUCUCUACUGGGCAUCAUGCUGCCUAAAGAAGGGCUCCCUCUGGUGGUUCUACCGUACAUGAAGCAUGGAGACGUGCGUCACUUCAUCCGCUGUGAGAAAAGGAACCCAACAGUGAAAGACCUGAUCGGCUUUGGGCUUCAGGUUGCCAAGGGGAUGGAGUAUCUAGCCCAGAAAAAAUUUGUCCACAGAGACCUGGCUGCCCGUAACUGCAUGCUUGAUGAAACAUUCACAGUAAAGGUUGCUGACUUCGGCAUGGCAAGAGACAUCUAUGACAAGGAGUACUACAGCAUUCAAGAUCACAAACGGGUAAAACUGCCAGUGAAGUGGAUGGCCAUUGAAAGCUUGCAAACACAAAAGUUCACUAUCAAGUCUGAUGUGUGGUCAUAUGGCAUCUUAAUGUGGGAGCUGUUGACCAGAGGUGCUAACCCAUAUCCAAAUGUGGACCCCUAUGACAUCACACACUACUUGUUGAAGGGACGUCGGCUUCCCCAGCCACAGUUUUGCCCUGAUACUCUCUACUCUAUAAUGCUGACGUGUUGGGACCCGGAGCCUGAGUGCAGACCGAGCUUCAAUAGCCUAGUUACAGAAGUGCAACACAUCCUGUCCUGUCUGGAAGGAGAGCAUUACAUAAAUCUGAAAGUAAACUAUGUCAACUUAGACCAGCCACGGCCCUACCCGCCUGUGACUGGAUCUGCAGAUGAGGCUGAGGCCUCAGACUUCGACACAGACAGCUGAGGGUGCAAAGACUCUGUAAUAGGAACGCAGGAUCUGGAUUAAAGUUGGACAGCACACAGGAGCAGUGACACCUGGAUCCAAUCAUGCGUCACAUACAUUGUUGAUCUUUUCUACAGACCCAGCACAUUGAAGGUUUGGCUACUGAUUUAAAAGACACUGUAGGUACAACAAACUCUUAUUGGAUCCGAGACAAAACCACGCUGGAAGUUCCCCAUCCCUGUGACCACGUUUUAUUUGUAGCGAAAUGGAGUGUGACAAAAUGAAUGUAAAAUAUGCAAUUGUUCUCAAACUUGGAUGAGGUGAGACUCUGUGCUGUUAUAUAAAUAUAUGUAUCUAAACCAUUGCAUUAGACUGUUAAACACAGGUUCUAUAACAGAGUCCACCUUUUUCUUGUAUACACAAUUUUCCUGCUGAAUGGGGAUAUAAUAAAGAUUAUAUCUCUUCAUAGGCUAUAUAAUGU